GGAAGAGAGGAACAUGUCAGCCGUGCUGGACGGAUAACGAUUAAUAAAGUCGGUGCUUGUGAGCUGGAGAUCGUGGCCAUGAAUCUACCGAAGGGACCGGAGUCUUUGUGUUUUAAUAAGGACGAGUUUAUGAAGGAUGAUUUCGACGUGGACCGGUUCGUGGCGGAGUGCAGGAAGCGCGUCCAGCUGGAGGAGAUGCGACAGGACCUGGAACAUUAUUACAGGCUCCUCAAAACAGCCAUGGUGGAGCUCAUCAAUAAAGAUUACGCUGAUUUUGUCAACCUGUCCACUAAUCUGGUUGGGAUGGACAAAGCUCUGAACCAGCUCUCUGUACCGCUUGGUCAGCUGAGAGAAGAAGUGCUGAGUCUGAGAUCAUCAGUGAAUGAAGUUAUUCAAGCCAUAGACACACAGUCAAGCAAACAAGAGGACAUUCAGAAGAAGAAGGUUUGUGUUCUGAGGCUCAUACACGUUGUUCAGUCGGUGGAGAAGAUCGAGAAGAUCCUGCACUCGCAGAACACCCGAGACUCCACGUCACUCGACUCCAGCAGUCCUCUGGCGGGUCAGGUUCUCGAGCGGAUCGCCACCGAAUUCAACCAGCUGCAGUUCCACGCCGUGCAGAGUAAAGGGAUGCCGCUGCUGGAUAAAGUGCGACCGAGGAUCGCCGGCAUCACUGCCAUGCUGCAGCAGUCUCUCGAGGGUCUGUUGAUCCAGGGCCUGCAGACGUCUAACGUGGCCAUGGUGCGCCAGUGUCUCCGCACCUACGCCACCAUCGACAAGACCAGAGAUGCCGAGGCGCUGGUCGGACAAGUCCUGGUCAAGCCGUACAUGGACGAGGUCAUAACUGAGCAGUUCGUGAAGUCCAGUCCGAACGGUCUCCAGCUGAUGUACAGAAAGAUUCUGGAGUUUGUUCCACACCAUUGCCAGCUGCUGCGGGAGGUGACGGGAGGGGCCGUUUCCAGUGACAAGGCUGACGUCGUGCCGGGAUACGACUUCCUGGUGAACUCCGUCUGGCCGGAGACCAUCAGAGGAGUCGAGGGGAGAAUUUCUUCACUUUUUAAUCCGGGGAAUCCUGAAGCUUUUUAUGAGCGCUACUGCAUCAGCAUGGACUUUGUGAGGAAGUUUGAGAGGCAGUGCGGAUCUCAGGCGAGCGUCAAGAGACUCCGGGCUCACGCCUCCUAUCAGAGCUUCCACAACAAGUGGAACCUCCCCGUCUACUUUCAGCUUAGGAACAGGGAGAUCGCUGGCUGUUUAGAGAAUGCCAUUGCAGAUGGUUUACAAGCAGCUCCAGCGGAAAACCGCUACAGGCUGCGGGUGACGGAGGUGUUGUGGAGCUGUGUGUGCCGGUGUUGGGCUGAACGUGUUUACCUGUCCCCACUGGCUCAUCGCUUCUGGAAGCUCACGCUGCAGCUCCUCUCCCGAUAUGCCACCUUUAUUACUGAGGUCUUAACAAAAAUGCCGUCUCCAGAACCCGCCAAAGAAGCCGCCAGGCCGCUGCCGAGCUCGGCCUCGUCCACCUCGAGUCGAACCUCUCAGGACGCCGACAGCGAGAGCGGCGCCCCGACAGUCCUGUCCACCAAACAGCUGGUGUUCAUCACGGCUGACGUGGAUCACUUAUGUGAACAGAUGCCAGAAAUCUCAGACUUGGUCCGAGGGAGGUUGCAGGACAUCGGGUUCACAAACUUUGCACUCGUUUCAGACGCCUUGUCAGACUCCAGAGCUGCUCUGUCCGGCUGUAUCCCCCUGCUGAACAGCAAAAUGACUCAAAACCUGACCGAACGGAGCCAGCGCUUCCUAAAGAACGCUUCAGAGGUGCCGAGGCUUUACCGAAGGACCAAUAAGGAGUUGCCCACCAGAGCCUCGGCCUACAUGGACAACGCCCUGCGUCCCCUCCAUCAGCUGCUCACCGACUCCUCCGGGGUGGUGAAGACCUCCAUCAUUCAGGAGUGGCUCCGUGUAGCGCUGUCAGACUGCACACAGAGAUACUUCGAGACCAUUUCUGACGUGCUGAGCUCGGUGAGGAAGAUGGAGGAAAGUCUGAAGAGGUUAAAACAGGCGAGAAAAAACGCUGCGGCCAGCACGGCGGGGAACAACGCCGGACCCUCGGACGACACCAAGAUCCGACUGCAGCUGGCCCUGGACGUGGAAUAUCUAGAGGAGCAGAUCCAGACGAUGGGACUCCGCCCGGGCGACAUCAUCAUGCUGUCCUCUCUGCUGGAGCUGGUGAGGGAGGCGCGGGAUCUGGCCACGGUGGAGCAGGCCGGGUCCUAGGGCUCACCUUCAGAGGUUAAGGGAACAACAAAGGGGCGAAAGGGCUUUUCCGCGGUCCGAGGGGCGCGUACGCUCUGCGUGUGAAGGCGAAGCACACUACAAGAACGCGGCCACGUCGUCGGAUAUUAUUUAUUCUUUAAUGCUAUUGGAUAGUGGGAGGAAGGUCAAGCUUGAGGUCGAGAGGUCAGAGGGGUCGAUCGUAUGUUAUCUUAUGCAAUGUGAACGUUUUAUUUGAGGUGAGGUGCGCUGACGUUACUCUUCACAGCCCAUCGUCCACAGUUACGUCAACGAGCGACAUUUAACGCGACACGUUAAGCACUUUCAGCCUCAUCUGGACCCUGAUCACGUGACCUCCGCGCAUUUUAAUAUUCAUGUUCAUACGGCUGCCGGCGUUUAGUUAUUUUUUACCGGUGAGGAUUGGGACUGCUGUACUUUUAAACCACACGUUUGACAAUAAAAUAAAACGAUCUGAGCGGUGUA